AUGGAACUUAGAUUUGGUGGUGAAGAAUGUCGAAUAAGGCAUAUAUUUCAAUUACCAUAUGAAAUUGUUCAACAUAUAACAUCACAACUAAUUCAAGAUGAUUUAAUAAAUUUGACAUUAGCAUGUAAAUUAUUUUAUAAAAUGGCAACAAGAAUACUAUAUUCAAAAAUAUACUUAAAUGAUUCACCCAUAGAGAACAGUGAUGUUGUAUUACUGGCAAGUACUUGGUCUUGGUUAAAAUUACUACCCAAAGCAACAAAUGAAGAGGCAAAAGAAGUUGCAAAUUAUCAAUUAUCAUGUCUUUUAAGAUCAAUACAGGAGAAUCCACAAUUAUCAAAUUAUAUUCAAGAAGUUCGAUUAAAUUGGGAUCUUGAUAUAGAAACUCAAAAAACUUUUGUUUCAUUUAUUACAAAAUAUUCUAAAAGUUUAAAAAUUAUUGAAAAUGUAACAGAUCCUGAAUUUGAUUUUGCAAUUGAAGAAAAUUUUCAUAAUUCAAAUUUAAUUUCAUUAGAUUUACCACCACCAAGCACAUUACCAUCAUUAGAUAUUGAUCAAAAUUAUUUACCAAAUGCUCAAAGAUACUUGAUAAAGAGAUUAAAUACAAAUAUUAAAGUUAUGACAUUAUUCAUGGAUCCAUUACUAUUAUUCAAUAAUGUUGUUAGACCUUUAAAAAAAUUAGAAAUUGAUUCAUUCAAAAUGCAUUGCAGACCUGAUACAUAUCCACCAGUUAUUUAUAAUCGUCAAAAUUUAAAAUUUUCCAAAUUAAGUGAUAUUUUCGAUACAAAAUUACUGAAAACUUUAACAAUAAUAUCAUGGUAUGAUCAUAUAUCACCUGAUAGGAUAUAUAAAUUUGAUCAAUGGUCAGAAUUUCAUAAUUUAGAAGAUAUAACAUUAAUUGCAGUUACAUAUAAUGAUAAAAAAAUUUCAACUUUACUUGAUAAUUGUUAUAAAUUGAAAAGAUUGAAAUUAGAUUUUUCAUAUCCAAAAAGAUCAAUGGUUAGAAAUUCCAUGGUUUUCAAAUCAAUUUUUAAUCAUAGACAUCAUUUACAAUUUUUAGAUAUAAAAUUAAAUUUAACUACAAAGAUUAUAAAUAUGGAUAUAAGAGAUUUUGGAAUUGUUUUAAAAAUUGCAUGUAAUUGCUUUUUAUGUCAAGAAAUUGUUCAUAAAAAAAUUUUUCAAGAUAAAAUUUUACCAAAAUCUGAAGAUUAUAAAAUUGAUAGUUUAGAAACUUAUGAAAAAAUUGAUUUUUUUUCACAAUUAUUUGAAUCAUGUUUAUCACCAUAUUCAAAAGCUGUUGAUAGAUAUCCAAGUGUUAAAACAGGACCAGAUAAUAUUGAAGAAUUUUUACAUCGUUUUAAUAUUCAAAAUAUUGAAAGAUCAAGAUUUUUUAAACCUUUAAAUGUUGAAGAUUUUUAUAAUUUAUUUCAUUGUUUAGUUCAUUGUAUGAAGGUUGAUUUAGAUCCAAUUGUGGAAAAUUUUAAAAAUUUAAAUUACCUGGUGAUUAAUGAUAUAUCAUUAUUAAUUAAAGAAGAUUUUAUAACUGGAAUAAAAUAUCCAAUACCAAUUUUUUAUAAUAAAGGAUAUAAAACAAAUUAUGAAGUUAGUAAAGAUAAUAGAUAUUCAAAUGAAGUUCAUAAUAAUGGAACAAUUGAACCAUAUGAAAGAUCAUUAUAUUUGAAUUGA